AGAGCGCUAAUGAUGCUUGCCCAAGAGGAUGUGGAUGCAGACGGUGCCCACGCAGGACUGCGAGGUGGUGGUGGUAAUGGCGGGCGGGACGAGAGAAUCGACGCUACACUGGCUCCUCGCCCGCCUCAAAGCACGCCUGCCAGAGCUCACCGUGGGCGUGAAGAACCACCAAGCCACGAAUUCCUACGCCCUCUACCUCUCCGCGUCCUAUGAUGGGUUGAUUAAAGGAGGCGAGGAAAUGCGUCUAGUGAAACGGACGAAGACGGAGUACGGAGGCGGCCUCAGGGAACUUUCGCACACGGAGCUCGCCAUAUUCCAGGGCGUGGAGGACGGAGGCACUUUCUUCUCGACCUUGGAGCGCCAGAGCAUAGUCCUACACCUCUUGCAUUCCCUAAGGGCCACGCAGGAGGAGUCUGUGGCAGGAACGACAUUCAGGGAAGGACAAGCCAUAAUCCCUAAGUUCCAGUCUGAUGGCUUAAUCCACGGGAUUUUGCCCCUUCACGACUACGAGAAGCUGGAGGCGCUGAGGGUCACGUGGGUACAGACUUUCUUCAAGUACCAGCCUAUUGAAGCGAUCCAACAAUAUUUCGGCUCCAAAAUCGCCAUUUACUUCGCCUGGCUCGGGCACUACACCACCGCCCUCACAGUGCCAGCUUUCAUCGGCCUCAUAUUCUGGGUAUUCCUCUGGGGGCGCGACCAAGCCCUCGAAGAUGUGGGUUUCGUCAUGUUCGCCUUCCUGAACGUGGUGUGGGCGUCCAUGUGGCUCGAGGCGUGGAAGAGACGCAGUGCCGAACUCGCCUACAACUGGGGGACACUCGAUUCGCACGUCGAAGUUUUCUCCGAACCUAGGCCACACUUCACGAUGGCAAUGGGAGAGCUUCGAGUGAGUCCUGUGACGGGGAGAUUGGAGCCCGAGUACCCUGCUUGGCGAAGAAACCUCAUUCGAUACCUCGUGACACUUCCUCUCAUCAUCUUCUCCCUCAUGGUCGUGUUUGUGGUCAUGUUACUCAUUCUUCAGUUACAGGACCUCUGUGAUGCCUUCAUAUCAGCCCACGAGUACACCUUCUACCUGUCCUACGCACCGAAGAUCCUUAUGGCUCUCACCAUUUCCGCGUUUGAUGAAGGAUACACCAAGGUGGCCGUCUGGCUUAACGACAUGGAAAAUUAUCGUGUUGAAGAGACGUAUCAGAAUCACCUCAUUAUCAAACUGGCUGUGUUUCGUUUUGUGAACUCCUUUCUGUCACUCUUCUAUAUCGCAUUCUACCUACAAGACAUGGAGAGGCUUAAAGAAACGUGCAAUAAAGAAGGGGCAAAGGAAACAUCAGAAGCAGGGGGGGCAGCAGGGGGGAGUGACCCCCUGUCAGCUGAGGCCUGCCUGGCGAGGGGGGCGAGCAAGAGUCGCAUUGUCAGUCAAGCGGAAGUGGAAUGCAAUAUGUCAAGGUACGAAGGCACAUUCGAAGACUACCUCGAGAUGUUCAUCCAAUUUGGUUACGUCACCCUCUUCUCAUCCGCCUUCCCUCUGGCUGCGAUGUGCGCUUUCCUCAACAACCUCAUUGAGAUCCGAUCGGACGCUUUCAAGCUGUGCUGUGUGUUCCAGAGGCCCUUUGGACACAGGGCGCAGAGUAUUGGGGUGUGGCAGGAUGCAAUGGAGCUGAUGGGUGUUCUAGGAAUCAUGGUCAAUUGCAUGUUGAUAGGCCUCUCCGGGCAGGUGCACCGGAUGUUCCCGGAAAUGUCAACAGCUCAUACUAUAUUGCUCAUUAUUGUACUGGAGCACGCCAUGAUUGCCCUGAAGUACGGCAUCAGUUACGUCAUCCCUGACAUCCCCGCUUGGGUGGCGACGGAGAUGGCCAAAGUGGAGUUCCAGCGCCGCGAGGCCCUGCGCCGCCUCUCCACCUCCAACUCUCCCCCAACACGUGAGGAAUCCCAGUCACCCUCCCCUAGGUACUUGUUUGGGCAUUCGAUAACGUCUACCACUGAGUAUGUGGACCGUAGUGCCCAGACGGACAUUAUGUAUUCCAGGAGACGAUCCUUCAAGACGUCGCCGGCCAGCACCAUAGACGAAGACGAGGUUCUGUCUCCCACCGACGUCGAGCACGAGAACCGAAGCAUGAUCCGAGCGCGACGGACGGAAGGAGGACGACCUGCGCAUGCGCGAGCUCGAGAGUUUCGAGGGCGCGAAGGCGCGGCCGAUCGUGCGCCUCGGUCGGAGCGUGUCGGCGUGCGAGCGCGUGCACCACCGCGUGCCGCGCAUCCACCGCAUCAUGAACCAAGAGAGCGCCGAGUCCAAUGACUCGGAGGAGGACCUCAUCGCCAAGCCCUUCGACAGCCUGCCGCUGCUGUCGGCGCCAGCCGCCAUGGACAACAAGAACCGGCUCUUCCGGUUCUCUCCGGACAACGAGCGCGUCCUGGGAGCCAUCAAGCCGCGGUCGCGCCUCCUCGAGAAGCCGGACUUCUCGUACGGGACGCAGCUGUCGUCGCGCUCGGUCGAGUGCGUGUCGGACACGUCUGCGCUGAUCCGCUUCUCGGAUGACUCGCGGAGCCACAUCAGCGAGGAGGGCGAGGGCACGCCCGAGCAGAGCGCGGGCAGCAGGUCGCCCACGCCCCCGACGGAGGAGUCGAAGGAGGCCGGCACGCCUCGCGCGCACUCGCUCGAGCAGACGCCGUCCCCGAGCAAGGAGGAGGUCAAGGAGGGCCCCGCGCGCCGCAAGCCCCCCAUGAAGUUCCUGAAGCGCGCGCAGAGCCUCUCGUACGUGUUCAAGCGCACCAAGCCCGAGAAGAGGAAGAAGAUCAUCCGCGACGACUACGCGGCGCUGCCCACGACGGUGGAGCCGCAGGGCGAGAUGGCCCUCGUGCCCCUCGAGAAGCUCGUGGCCAUCGAGGACAUCCAGAUGCAGCCGUCGCUCUCCAGCUACAGCUGCUACGCCGACUAGGGGCGCCCCGUCGCCUCCCUUCUGCCGCGGCCGCCAGCGCGUCGCUCGUCCGCUCGGCGGCCCAACAGCUGCUUUUAGAGGACCGUCGCAAUUGCACAGUUCUUGUGGCCUCGUUUAGACGUGUAAUAAAAACAUAAAAAAAUAAACAAUAAAAA